GAAGAGUCACUAGCUAAAUUUCUUCGCUUAGUUAAAAAGUUUAACUCUGAACGAGUCAGGAAUGACAGUUUAGCUGUCGAAUCCUAAACUAGUAUCUACAGAUAGUGGAGCAAGCAGCAUUUGUGAUUGGACCGCUGGCUGUCGAGGCAGUGAGCAAGACAAAGCGUGUUUCUGGCAAUGGGGGACCUGUUGUUGUGGGUGUUGGCCGUCUUGCUGGUACUCUUCUGCUUCUUCGAUGUAUGGUACUACCUUCGCGUGGUGGCUGUUUUACUCCGAGCCUGGUUCCUCUCUCCGGUGUUUGACGUCACAGCAGAGCAGGCUGUCGGAGGCCACGUCCUCCUCAACGAUAUUGACAUGUGUCACAUGAACAAUGCACGCUACCUGCGCGAGUGCGACUUCGCCCGCAUUUCCCUGUGCGCCCGCAACGGUGUGUUGAAAGCCACAAGGGACCUGGGGGCGGCCAUGGUGGCGGGUGCGAUUACCGUGCGCUACAGGAGGCCCUUGUGUGUGGGGGAAAAGUUCGAGCUGCGCACUCGUAUCGUCACAUGGGACGAGAAAGCGUUCUAUAUUGAGCAGCGCUUCGUGUCCAGUAAGGAUGGAAUGGUGGCAGCCGUCUUGUUCUGCAAACUAAACGUGAUGCGUGGCAGCCCAGAUAAAAUCCUCCAACACCUGUGCAAGAGAAAGGUUGAAGUUCCCGAGUUUCCUGAAGAGCUGCAGCAUUGGGUCAGUUUCAUAACGGCAAGCAGCCAAGCUCUGAAGGCCGAGAGUGGACUGGAGAAGAAAAGCGAAUGAGCAUUAACAUGAGCCUGAGAUCUUUGAGAUGCUGUACAAUGAUGUACAUGUUUACCUGCUGAACAUUCUGAUAAACACCAGCUCGAACGCGAUUCAGUGAAUCAUUUAUGUAUGAAUCAGUCGAAUCGCACUGUUGGAACAUCAGUGAUGGUUUUGUGCCAUACCACUGAUUAACUUUGUGUUGAUUUCAGAUUAAUGCAGGUGGUUAAUUGCCUUACUUUUCUGGUGUGUAAAUUAUUUCUGGGUUAAAAUAAAAAUUUAGAAACGG